AUGCCUCCCCCAAACCAGCUGUGCGGUGCCGUGUUGUGUCGUUGUGCAGUGCCGUGUUGUGCAGCGAAGCUCCUUGCUAAUGAGAACGAUGAUGUUCCGCCCUCACAGACUUUCAGCCCCUGGGCGGCCGAGCCCCCGGUCACCACCGACUACUACUACGAGGAUGAGCAGUACCCGGAGGGGGUCAGCCCCCUGCCCGAGCUGUGUGAGAAGGGGUCUGUGCAGAGCUUUGCCCGCACUUACCAGCCGGCUGUCUACCUGCUGCUGUCAGCGCUGGGUGUGGCGGGGAACGGGCUGGUGCUGCUCACCCACGCCCGCUACCGCCAGGCCCACUCCGUGACCGACGUCUGCCUGCUGCACCUGGCCGUGGCUGACCUUCUGCUGCUGCUGACGCUGCCCUUUGCCGUGGCGGGCGUGCUGCAGGGCUGGCUGCUGGGCACCGACGCCUGCCGGACCCUGCAGGGCUUCUAUGCCCUCAACUUCUACAGUGGCUUCCUCUUCCUGACCUGCAUCAGCGUGGACCGCUACAUGGCCAUCGUCCGGGCGCCCGCUGCCUGCCGCCUGCGCCCCCGGGCCCGCUGCUACGGCUGGCUCGCCGCCGGGCUGGCCUGGCUGCUCUCCACCCUGCUGGCACUGCCCCAGUUCGUGUACAGCCGGGCCGAGGGUCACCAGGAACGCCAGCUCUGCAGGGUGCUCUUCCCUGCCGGCGUUUCCAAGGCAGCCAAGGGAGCCACCAACCUGGCCCAGGUCAUCCUGGGCUUCGUGCUGCCCUUCCUGGUCAUGGCCUCCUGCUACGCGGCCGUGGCCCGCACCCUGCUGGCUGCCCGCAGCUUCCAGCGGCACAAGGCCCUACGCGUCAUCCUGGCCCUGGUGCUUGUCUUCGUGGCGCUCCAGCUGCCCUACAGCCUGGUGGUGCUGCUGGACACGGCCGACAUCCUGGGCAGCCGGGAGAUGAGCUGCGCCCAGAGCCGCCGCAAGGACCUGGCUCUGGUGGUGACCAGCGGCCUGGCCUUCGCCCGCUGCUGCCUCAACCCCGUGCUCUACGCCUUCGUGGGCGUGCGCUUCCGGAAGGAGCUGCGACUCCUGGCCAGCGAUGCUGGCUGCGUGGGCCGGGCACAGGAUGGGCAGCACCCCAGCCCCAGGUGCCGAGCACCACUCUCCACAUGCCUGGACAUGGUGUAG